AUGAGCUGGCGUCCAAACUCCAUCUUGGCAAGCCACACCCCUCGCCAUCGUCCAUUUUUCCCUUGGCGGCAAGGACGCAAUCUCCACACCCGUUCCACUCCUCUCGCAUUACCUCGACAAGUACUACCCCAGCGGUGGGUUUCUGUCGAAACGGUUGCUAAGCUCGUCCGUCACCUUGGCUCAACUGGUCGGGUCUUUGCGUUUCUCUCCAACCAUUCGGAAGAAGACAGCGGUUGGCUCUUUGCAGGGAAGGAGGGUCAAGGUGAUGGAGAGUAUGUUGCGAUGCAAGUUCAGCAUGUUCUCUCUACAGUGUUGAAGCCCUACGCCAGGAUCCUCAAGUCCGCACACUUCGUCUUCCUGGAGUCCGUUCUUCAAUUCAACUUCGCAUCUGCAAUUAUCUUUCCCGCAGCUCGCUUUCAACCCCUUGUCACCACUAAUUUCUUGGUCGCCAUGGCGGAACUUGUUGCGAUUGAGCAACUCAACAUCCGCACCGUAUUUCCGACCCUCCUUAGUAUGUCAGGCGGUCUCGGUCAACACACCAGCGUCAUCCUGAUGACUCCUGUCAACAUUGAUGGUUGCUGCAAGCUGGAACUCACUACAUUCGCGCGCGCUCACACUCAGACUUCGCCUUGGGGCAUUCCUAUUCCUGCGCAAUGCCCCCAAUGUGGCUCUACCAAGAGCUGGGCUGAGAGGGUUGCUGUGACAGUUUCUGAUGAGAAUCACGACGCGCACGCCUCACACCAAGUCUCUGUUUGCCAGUACAUCUACACAUGCAAGUACACCAACUGUGGUAGCACGCAAAAGUUGCCAUGCUACAAGUUUUCUGUCACCAAGCCUCCUGGGUCCAUCAUCAACAGUGCCAGGACCAAGAACUGCGCUUGGUUCAAGUCGCCUUCUACUCAUUUUGUAUCUCAGUCUUUACCUGACUCUACCCAAGGCAAGCGCAAGAAUGAGACAGCGCCUCCUGGGACUGCAAAGAAGGCGCGCAGGAGGUACUACCUCCAGUUCUUAACGGACGCUGAUGAUCGACAUGCUGAGCAAGAGGUCUUGGGUGAUGAGCCGGAGGAAGAACCAUCUGGCGUGUCCCCUGAGGACAGAGAAUUGGCGGCUCGUCCUAAGGACGCAGGGUUCUACAAGAAGGAGCUUAAUGCUUGGGACGUCGCGCAGAAACUCUUCAAGCAGGAGAUGGACGACUAUGAUAAGGAGCAGCAACAGAAGAAAGGCGUGCAACAUUCUAUUAAGUAUAGGACUGGACAUGCGAGGGAGUGGUUCAACAACAUGACUUCUGCACAUCGGAAGGAGGUUGAGGAGGCGAGGGACAAAUGGAAUAGGGAAGGUGCCCCAGUAUCGAAAGAAAAGCCUCAAAAAGUUCUCGACGAUUUUACAGAACAGAUGCGGCGUUCUAUGGGUUGCCGAGUCGUGAUGUUAGUCAGUCACAAGAAAAAUGCCGAUCAGACAUUAAGUGUCAAGAUUCAUGAGUCUCAGCCUGUCAAUCACAAGAAACCGUUUAGCCUGAGUUCUCGAGGAAGCAAAGAGUGGACAUCCGAAGGGUUUGAAAAAUAUGCCGAGUGGUCGAAGGAAGAAUUUUACCCCACCAAUGAUGAUGAUGACUCCUCCGAUGAAGACAGUAAAGAUGGAAAAGAUGCGAUACCUGAAGUCAUCUUGGACGAGCACGGGUUUGCAAAGCUCCCUUCCCGUAAAGGAGUGAGCCUCAGGGGGCAACAAGAGUUGGUUCGGCAAAUUUUUCAUGCAUCUUACAAAGUCUUCACUGGUAGCAAAAAGCCAGUACCUUGGCUCUCGAUUGCCGGCAACCUUUUGGUGUACCUGGAUCCAGACUCCAUCCCUGAUGGUUUCGUCGUGCAAGAUCCGUCUCAUUUGAAGGCGCAGGAAAUAAACCAUCUUUGGGGCCAUUGGGAAGACAGGAAGGCCUCGAAACAGAAACUGGUUAUUUUUGUCGGGGCCGUGAGUUCCCACAUGAACAAGUCCCUGCUCGUCAAUGCUGUCUAUGUAGGCGAGAAAAAAUCAAAAAAGAAGUAUGUACCGGUCGACACUGAUGAUGAAGAGGAGGCUUCAGCGGCGCCUACGUCCACGAAACGUACAAGACAGCUGGCCGAGGCUAAGGCUUCCUCCAAGCCCAAGGCCAGCACAAGGCCCACCAAGAAUUCAAGACCGCAGACCCAGGACAGCUCCGAGGAUAGCUCUGAUGAUAAUCUCACUCCAUCGACAGGGCUGGUUAAGCGACCAUCAGUUGGUCAAGAAGUCGUGCGCACACCAGCCACUGUGCCAAAGAAGGAUCGGAUGUCAUUCUUACGGUCUCUCAGCAGCCACGACGAAUAUCUACUUUUGAUUUCACGUCUCGGUGACUUGAAAAAGGAACGAAGCUCUGAGGCAAUGGAAUGGCCCGCUUGGGCGACAUGGAGUUGGGACAGAUCACACCUUCCGAAUAGUGUGCACUCAGACGAGCGUGAGUUGAACAAGUUCUUGGAGAUAGUCCUCUCUGCAAAGAUCUCUGGCUUGGAAUCAGCCAUGAAGGUCAGCCUAGGUCUUGGGAUGCUGCUAAGAGAAUGCAAGCGAGUUAUCGAAUAUGAGGAGGACGAAGCUACCCUGAACACCCCCUCUUACCUUGGCACCUCUAUUUUGAGUAUCAAGACCCACGACCUCGUCAUAGAGGCAAUCAAUACAGCCAGAGGUGGGGUUAUGCGGAUGCUCAAGGCGAAGGAAGGACAACAUGCUGCCAUUGCUGAGGCUGCUGGUGGUGAAGAACACGGAGCUGAUACUGCCAUUCGGACGAUUUCAACCAGGGAAGAGAAAGAGGAUGAGGGGACGGAAAUGGAGGCAGAUGAGUUGACAAGGAAGGUUGACAAGGAGUCGCGGGAGGUGGAGGAAGAGAAGAAGAAAAUGGUGAUGCUGCAGGAGGACAUGAGAAAGCUGGAGGAGAGAAAGCGAGAGCUGGAGGAGUACAACCAGAAGCUGUUGAAACUGGUGGAGAUCGAAAAGGACAGUGGUGGUAAGGAUGAUAUGGAAGAUAAGGAACAGCGUGGUGAGGAGGAGGAGGAGGAGGAGGAGGAGGAGGAGGACGUCGUCGUCGUCGUGCAGAAAGGGAAGAAAAGAGGAAAAUCUGGGGGAUCUGGAAGACCAUCCAAAAAGGCUACCACUGACAAUAUUCGUCGAUCCAGCAGACCCAGGCAACCCUCAAAAAAGGCCAUGCGAAAGUGA